UAUAUACCCAAAGACGCCAUAACCUAGCCGUUUUUGAUUGAGACAAGAAUCCAGAUAGAACCUGCAACUAGCUCGCACCUUCAUUUUGAUCUCACAGUUUCUUCUUAUUAUUUUCUUUUAUCGUAUCCCGAACAUGAGAAGCAUUAAUAGUAUUGGUUGGCCCGAGUUGAAAUCUCCCUUUGGAAGGCAAGGCAGAUCUCGAAAGGAAAUUAGCGUCAAUAGCUUGUCAAGCAAGUCGAGCGUGAAUGAAGAAUACACGGAAGCUCUCAGAACGAAGUCUUACAUGGAAAUAUGGAACAAAGCUCAAGGUCAGCUGGGAAGUACAAGCAUUAUAAGCAAUCUCUCUUCAUCGUCGUCCACUCUUCCUAUCUCUAUGCAUCUCUCCCAAUAUUUACUCGAACCACGUCAAGAAACCCUAGUGGAAAUGAUGGAAGACAUGAAUCUACACCACCUUCUAAUUGACUUUUUUGAAGCCAGCUUAGAAGCGUGUAAUGUCUGUGAACUAAUCCUUCAAAGCAUCCAUCAAACACGUGCUAAUUAUAAGAAAAUCAAGAGGGUAAUCAAGCUAAGCAGAAGUGUGCAUGAUCUUGCAGAUCAUGAUUACACUGAUAAACAAUGCCGGGCUAUUUCUAGCGAGCUUGCUGCCUUUGUAAUGUUGAAAAACCCAUUAUUGAAUAUUGGUGCAGUACAAUUUCGUGACAUUCGUGAUGGCCACAUGAUACUGCUCCAGAGGCUAACGUUAAAAUACAGAAAGAUGAAAAGGAGAGACAGAUUCCGUAGAAUUUGGAAGAAGGUUUGUGGGACUGCUCUUUUUAUUUCACAGAGCGCACUUCUGAUUCUGCUGCUAAUCUGUGCACUCCAUGGCAUGGUUGGAAUCGUGGCAGCCCCAGCGCUUUUUGCUUUUUCCUUGGGUUUAUCUUGGAAGAAAAGGAAGGGGGCUUGUGGAGGGCUCAAGAAAAGAUUGCCUGAAAGACUUAGUGUGCAACUUGAUGUUGCCGCCAAAGCGGUUUACAUAUUGAUCAAUGAUUUCGAUACAAUGAGCCGGAUGGUCAAGAGGUUAAAUGACGAGAUAGAGCACCGGAAAGCUGUUGCUGAUGUGUGUGUUAGAAAUGGAAAAUCUGAAAUAUUGAAGGAGGUUGUGAGGGAGUUUCAUGUCCAUGAAUCAAGUUUUCUGGAGCAGUUAGAAGAGCUUGAAGAACACAUCUACCUGUGCGUUCUCACAAUAAACAGGUCCAGGAGUCUUGUAAUUCAAGAGAUAAUGGCGGCCCACCAAUGAACGUAUAGAUAUUAAACGUGCAAAUACUGAAAUAUACAUUUGGUGGAUGACACUACGAAGAUUGCUGUGGAAUAAAGGUUAUUCACCACCAAGGAAGAGUUCCAGUACUGAAGUUCAAUUUAUUCAAGCGCUAAUUUCUACGCCUUUCAUUCUUUUGUAAUUAAUAUAAUGCCAAAAAAAUAUGGCUUUAUAAGAGGUGAAUUACGUUUUUUAUUUUUUUUAUAAGUAAAAUAAUUAUAUUAUCAAAAGAAGGCAAAAGCCUGAUACAAAGUUUAGUGACCAGUUCUAGGUAUGAUCAAUGGAUAUAAGGAAUUCAUGUAA